UGGAAUAUAUCCGAAACGAGCCAAAUAGCAAAAUGCUAAUAUUUGUCUCAACGCGUUUCUGUGUGGAAUAUUUCAAAAAAUUAAUGGAACGUUUCUUGAAAAAGCGAAAAAUUUUCGGAAUUCAUGGAAAAAAGAAGAAAAAUCGUGAACAAGAAAUAGAAUUAUUCAAGAAAACACCAAAAUCAGUGAUGCUGUGCACGGAUCUAAUGUCGCGCGGUAUUGAUAUCGAGGAUAUUGAUUGUGUUAUCCAAUUCGACAUUCCCCGAGAAUCCUCUUGGUUCGUGCAUCGUGCAGGACGGUGUGCGCGUAGCGGACGUCCGGGCAAAAAUUUGCUGCUGUUAACCACUGAAGAGAGCGGUUACGUUGAAUUCAUAUCCAAAUAUGAGAGUUUGCGUAUGGAAAACAUUAAAAUCAAAACGUCGAAUGCGUUGAAAGCUGAAGAAUUGCGAACUAGGACCAUCAAAAUGGCCGUUCAAGAUCGCGAUAUCCUGGAAUGUGGUACCAGAGCGUUUGUAUCG